GUAGAUGAAUUCGUAUAUUUAGUGUCGGACUCAUUUGUUGCUUUCGACAUGUUCAAGAAACGAUUCGAUUCUUGUGGCUAAAUCGAUAAGGAUCUGUGUAAAUUCUCGAUAUCUUAGUGUUCAAUUCGUCUCUCUGGAUUGGAUAAUCCACUUCUCUGAAACUAAGGUAUGUACAAACAAGUGGUUGUUUGAAAAGAAUUCGUCGAUUUUUUUCUUGAUUGCUAGUCCUGUGGAUUCAGUCUGAUGCUUUCGACAAAUGUUGAUGAUCUUGCUACUGAGGAUGGAGCUCGACCACUUUUGGCUGUUACCGCCACCACCGGCGGCACUUCCUACAAGCCUCUCGGCUUCCGGCAACUAAUCUUAACCGUACGCUUCGUGAUAUGCCUGAGGAAAACCAGAUCGCCGCCGUCGGUUAAUCAGCCCAGCAGAACCUCCUCUUCUCGAUCGUACACGGCUGUUGAAGUACAUUCAGAUGAUAAGGAGGAUGAAAGGGAGAUAAAGAAGCAGGAUCUUAAGCUGAUUGUGAAACGGAUGGAUUUUGAAGCGCUAGAGCAGUUUGGCGGUGUUGAGGCAGCUGUCUCAUUUAUGCGUUCCGAGCCACAGGGUUCUGCAAAGGGUGGUUUCGAACUAUCAGUUCGUACGACAAGCAUCUGGGACUCUGUUUUUCUUUUUUCCGAAGGAUUCUGGUACUCUUUGUGGCUGUCCUUAAACAGCUACUCGAUCUUCCUCCUCCUAAUUGCUUCUGGUUUGUCUUUUGCUAUUGGAUCGUUGCAACAAGGACUUAAAGAUGGAUGGCAUGAUGGCAUUGGUACACUCGUUGCAGUUAUUUUACUUGUAUUUCUGCCUUCGGUGGUAGGUUUUUAUCGGAAAAUAGCAGAGGAGAAGGAGCUUUUGAAGACUAAGAACAAGUUGGAAGUGACUGUGGAAAGAGGCGAAACAUGCCAAAUAGUCUCUGUUUCUGAUGUUAAGGAGGGCGAGUUAAUACGUUUGAAGAAGGGUGACCGUGUUCCUGCAGAUGGGUUGCUGAUAAGAGGUGAAACUCUAAUUUUGGAUGAAUUAAUAAACCCGGAAAUUAACGCUGAUCGAAAUCCAUUUAUAUUUUCUGGUUCUGUGGUUAAAUAUGGCAAAGGGGUCAUGAUUGCGAUAUCUACUGGUGCUGAUACUGCUUUGCAAAAGGGGUUGCUCGGUGCCACUGUUCAUCCUUCAGAGGAGACACUGUUGCAAUCUCGGAUGAACAAACCAUAUGAACUUGUCGAAAAGCUUGUUCUUGCAGUGUCCUUAAUGAUUCUUUUUGUAGUUCUCGCACGUCUUAUAUGUAAAAAGCGUGAUGAUUACUACAACGAUAAACCGGAAACAAAGCGGGAAGUAACGAUGGGCCUCAUGGCAAAUGUUUUUGAAAGACUUUUCGUUAAAUCUUGGCAGAAGAUUUCCUUCUUGGCAACUUUUCUCUCAACCAUGUUAAUAGGAGUACAAAAUGGGAUACCUUUUGCAAUCACAGUUUCCCUCUGUAUGUGGAGGGAAAAGAUAAGAUCAUAUGGAGGGAAGUCCCAAAAUCUGUCAGCUUGUGGAACAAUGGGCCUUGUUUCAGCAAUCUGUGUUGACAUCUCUGGUAAGCUAUCAUUUCACGAGGUAGAGGUAGAUGAGAUUUUGAUUGGGAAAGAAAAAUUAAAACUUCGACUGCUUGCUGAAAGCCUUCAUCCUCAUAUUCUUGAAGGCUUUCAGCAAGCAGUCGAAGUUUUAAUUUUUGAUCCCAUGACUUCUGUUCAUUUUGGAAAAAAAUUUCUCAGUUCAUGGGAAAAUUCAGGAUUGGGAAUGAAUAUUGAACCUCUUGGUCCCAAGUUUGAUAUUAUUGAUCAUAAAAUUUUGAGCACAAGAAAUUGCUUUGGAGCAUUGAUGAGGAAAAGGGAGGGUGCUGAAGCAAAUCUUCAUUUGCACUAUAAUGGGGAUGCAUCAACUAUUCUGAAAAUGUGCUCACAAUACUAUGAUAUCAGAGGCAUAAUACAUGACAUGGAAAACCAUAGAGAUUUCUUGGAAAAAGUGAUUAAUGAUAUGACAAUUAAAGGUUUAAGACCCAUUGCAUUUGCUUGUAAAAAGACGAAUGACCAAGUGUUUGAAGAAGGAGGGCUGAAGUUGCUGGGAUUCGUGGGUCUGAAGUACUCGUGUCAAAAAGUAAAGGGGGCCUUGAAAGAUCUCAAAGAUCUUGGUGUAAAAAUCACACUAACAUCAGAAGAUGAGCUUUGUGUGGCCACAGCCAUAGCUGUUGAUCUUGGAAUUCAGUGUGGCUCCAACAACCAAGUGGUUGAAGGUGAGAAAUUUAGGGAAAUAAUGAAGAGUCCUGGAAUGGAGAAAAAUGAGCUAAUGGAGUCAAUUACUGUCAUGGGGAAGGCAACCCCUGAAGACAAGCAUCUCUUACUACAAGAAUUGAAAGCCUUUGGCCAUGUUGUUGCUUUGUUGGGAGGUUUGAAAACAAGUGAUGCUCCAACUUUGAGGGAAGCUGAUGUAGGGGUCACAGAGGAGAACUGGAGCACUGAAGUAUCUGGAAUGGUUUCUGAUCUCACUGUUGAAGCUCCCAAAUCCUUAGCUUCGAUACUUAAAUGUGGUAGAUGCGCUUACCUGAACAUUCAAAAGUUCUAUCAAAUUCAGCUCACUACAUCCAUCUCUGGUCUUCUGAUAACCUUGUUCUGCACCUUUAUUUCUGGAAACUCUCCAAUAACGACAGUGCACCUGAUCUGGGUGACUUUGAUUAUGAGCCUUCUCGGUGGCCUGAUGAUGGUAAUGGAAUUGAAUGAAGAGGAAGUUAAAAGCCCUCUAGAAGGCGAUAGGAAUCAAUCUCUCUUAACCAAAGACAUUCUGAAGAAGAUUGUAAUCCAUGUGUUAUGUCAAACUCUUCUUUUCCUGCUAUCAGAGUAUGUGGGACAAAAAGUUCCUCUACCCAGCAUGAACGAGGACGUGCGACAUACCAUGAUUUUCAAUACCUUCAUUCUUUGGCAGAUUUGCGAUCUGCUUGGUGUUAUGGGACUGGCAACAGAGGGGGUUGUAGUUUUUAAGACUGUGCUGCAAAGCCACUGGUUUCUGAUUUCUUUGGUGGGUGUAUUGAGCGUGCAGGCGAUGGUUAUCGAGUUUGCUGGAGCGAUUGUCAAUGGUGUGAAACUGAGUGCAGUGCAAUGGGCCAUUUGUUUCUUUUUUGCAUCACUGGCAUCGAUACUAGAAUGGGCUCGUAACACUUUCUUAGCCGUACUUGCCACUUUGUCAGCUGAGUUGAACACCGUUUUCUUAGCAUCUUUGAUGUUUGUAUUCUCAGUAACAUUUGGUAUCCAUUUGAUCUCGUAAAUUGUCUGAAACUGUGCAGUUUAGUUCUAGUGCCGCCCUAAACAUAGUUCAAGUGGCAGCCAUCUGUAAGUACCUAUAAUCUCCUUUUUUUGGCCCCUCAUUUACAAUGAAAAUAAAAUUUUGCUGUUGCAGCA